CCGGUAUUGUUGAAAUAUCCUUAUCAACGCAAAAGUGAACAAAGCCACUCAAUUUUCUGUUUUUAUAUAUAUGACCUCCACUCUUGGACCAUAACUGAAUCAAUGGAGGCCAAAUCAUCAAUGUAUCUUUCUCUGUUCACAUUCUGGUUCAUCUCCUUCACCAUCAUAACCUUCGUCUCAUCAGCAUCAUCAUCAACAUGGUCUGAUGAUCAUAUUUCAUUGAGAGAGACUAACGAACACGAAACUUUCCAUUUCCCAAAAAGCUUUCUCUUUGGCACUGCUUCUUCUGCUUACCAGUUACCAAGAAAAAUCGCAGAUGGAAGCCAUGGGAAAGUCGCUGUCGAUCAUUACCAUCGAUAUCCGGAAGAUUUGGAUCUGAUGGAAGAUCUUGGUGUUAACAGCUAUCGCUUUUCUUUAUCAUGGGCUCGGAUUCUUCCAAAGGGAAGAUUUGGAGAUGUGAACAUGGAAGGUAUUGAUCAUUACAACAGAAUGAUCAAUGCUAUUCUCAAAAGAGGGAUCGAACCAUUUGUCACGUUGACACAUUAUGACAUCCCUCAAGAACUCGAAAUUAGAUACGGAAGUUGGCUAAAUCCACAAAUUCGGGAAGAUUUCGAACAUUACGCAAAUAUUUGCUUCCGAUACUUUGGGAACAGAGUUAAAUUUUGGGCUACUUUCAACGAACCAAACGUUCAAGUAAUUAUGGGUUACCGUAAAGGAACUUACCCGCCAUCACGUUGUUCCAAGACUUUCGGAAACUGCACACGUGGCGGUUCGGACCUAGAGCCACUUGUCACCGCUCACAACAUUAUCCGGUCACAUCUUGCCGCCGUUAAUUUGUACCGGACGAAAUAUCAGAAACAACAAAGAGGAAAGAUAGGCAUUGUUAUGAACGCGAUCUGGUUUGAACCGUUUAGUGAUUCUUUAGCAGAUAGAUUAGCUGCUGAGAGAGCUCAGGCUUUCUACUUGACUUGGUUCUUGGACCCGGUUGUGUUUGGAAGAUAUCCAAGAGAAAUGCAGGAAAUUCAUGGAGAAGAUCUUCCUAAAUUCACAAAAGAUGAUCUUAAAAACUCCGAGAAUGGAUUAGACUUCAUCGGGAUUAAUCAGUAUACUAGCAGAUACGCUAAAGACUGUCUACAUUCCACAUGUGAACCGGGCCAAGGAGGUUCGAGAGCUGAAGGUUUCGCCUAUGCAAACGCUCUUAAAGACGGUCUAGCUUUAGGAGAACCGACUGGAGUAACGUGGCUUGCUGUUUAUCCUCGAGGAAUGGAAGAGAUGUUGAUGUAUGCUACAGAGCGAUACAAAAAAAUCCCAUUGUAUGUAACAGAAAACGGUUUUGGUGAGAAUAAUACUGGAGUUUUGUUAAACGAUUACCCGAGAGUGAAUUUCAUGAGUAGCUAUUUAGAUGCACUAAAAAGAGCAAUGAGGAAAGGAGCAGAUGUAAGAGGAUACUUCACUUGGUCUUUAUUGGACAACUUCGAGUGGGUAUAUGGUUAUACCAUAAGGUUCGGUAUGUACCAUGUCGACUUCGAUACUCUAGAGAGAACCCCAAGACUCUCUGCUUCUUGGUACAAGAACUUCAUUUCCCAGCACAGAGCUAAAUCCAAAGAUGAUGAUGAUGAUGCCUGA